AUGAACACAUACGUCACCUCCUCAUACUUUCCCCAACCUCCCACACCAACUAACCCCAAUGCCUCCCACAGCUACGGCUGGGCUACCCUCAUCGUCGCCGGCGGCGGCGCCUAUUUCUUCGCCAAACGCAGCAUCAACGCAGACCGAGCCCACAAAGCAGAGCUCGACCGACAAAAGCGCGUGCGCAUCUACGAGAUGGAGCAUGGCAUACAAUCACCCCCAACUACUCCUUUGAACCCGACAGCACGACCGGGAUCAACGCAAGCGGCGCCGCAGAGCGUGACGAGUGAAUUGGGGCGGCUGCGGAGCGAAGGAGGGAGUAAUGGGGGGAAUGGGGGAGGCAUGGGACAGGUAGAGGGGAAUCCGAGCGCGCAGGCGAGUCAGGAUCCGGCGCCUACGAGGCAUGCACCUACAGAUGAGGGACAGAGGGUUGGGGAGAAGAGCAAGUAUGAGGCUAGCGAUGUGUAUCGGAGUAGAAAGGGGGAUCGGUUCUCAUGAGAUGGGAGUCGGUCCCAUGUGUGGGAAUAAGAUAGACUGGAUGUACAAUAUAUAUACAAGCAAAGUUUUGAUUGCAGACGGCUAUCAAGAAGCCACAUUACAAAGGAGUUUGAGGCCUUUGUUCGUCGGGGGACAAGCUGCGAUUGUUGAUAUUGAAAGCAACAGGAGCGGCUGCCUCAAGCUAUGGUACCAAAAGACUAAACAGAUCCAAACGCCGGCGCAAUACAUCUGGGUAUAGAGCGUUCAUGUUUCAUCCCAUACAUGACCGAUUAU